CGUCUAUCACUUUCGUUUUUAUGGUAUUACUAUCACAGAAGUUAGAGAGAUAUAUAAAUUAUAAGCCUUCAUUUUAAUUCUUAACGUAUUAUACAAAAUGGGUGAAUUGCAAGCGGGAAAAUCGCCCUUUAAGACAAGAAACACCUUUGAUGAAAACUUAAAGAUCUGGAGUGGUGGCGAAAAACGCAGUUUAUUCUCACCAGAUUUGUCCAUUGGAGAAAUUAUCUUUCAACAAAUGGAGCGCAAUGCUAUGCUCACUGCCCAGAUUUCAGUUACAGAAAACACUGAGCUGACCUGGAAAGACAUCCAGACAAACGCGAUGAAGGUGGCAAGUUAUAUGCGUAAACUGGGUCUGGAGCAAGGUGACUUUGUGGGAGUCAUUGGCAGGUUGACCACUCACUUGACUGCUCUGGCCUAUGCCUGUUUCUUUAAUGGAACUCCUUAUCAUGCCCUACACACCGAAUACGAACAAUCUGCCAUCGAGAGACUGUUCGGAAUAACCAAGCCACGCUUAAUCUUCUGUGAUGGAGAUGAGUUUGAGAAAGUUCAAGCAGCCACCAAAGGCCUUCAGGUACAAAUAGUAACCAUGCGUAAUCACCCGGCAGGAAUAUUGAGAAUUCAGGAUAUUUUAACCACUCCCGUGGAGAUGAACUUUCGACCAGUGCGACUGAAAGACGGUACUGAUCAACUACUGGCCAUUCUUAGCUCUUCGGGAACAUCCGGCCUUCCAAAGGCAGUCACCAUUAGCAAUAGUCACCAGAUUAUUGGGAGUUUUCUACCCGUGGAUAGCUCGAUUAUUCAGUAUAACCCAAACACUUUGGAUUGGGCAUCAGGCAUCACGAUGACCAUCAAUGCAGCCGUGUUUAGCUUGACUAGUAUAAUUGAAGAUUGUGACUUUGAUCCUGCCAAUUUGUGUGGCCUAAUUGAGAAGUAUCGAAUAUCGAUGGUGUUCGUAAGUUCCUCGCAAUUGGCGAUGCUGUCCAAUUGCCCGGAAUUCUAUGCGGCGGACCUAUCAUCCGUGAAGUAUUUCUUUUACGGCGGAUCAAACUGCUCACUGGAAGUCCAGAACAAAAUUCGCAGCCGUCUAAGCAACGAAUGUGUAAAUUUCAGUUAUACACUAACCGAGUUGAACAGCCCCGGAUGCCUAAACUUCAACUUCGAUGAGAAACCCAAUUCAGUGGGUCGUCCGGUUAGAGGCAUUCAAAUCAAAAUAGUCAACGAGCUGGGUGAAGCACAAGGACCCAAUGUCGUGGGCGAGAUAUGCUUCAAUAAUGGUCAGAAAUGGCCUGGUUACUACAAGAAUCCGGAAGAAACGAAGAAGAUGCAGGACUCGGAGAACUGGUUUCACACCGGGGACCUGGGCUACAUGGACGAGGAUGGAUAUUUGUUCAUUAUCGAUCGCUUGAAGGAUAUGCUCAAGUAUCAGACCAUCAUGUAUUACCCCAGCGAGAUUGAAAGUGUCAUCGCUGAAAUGCCAAAUGUUGUGGAAGCUUGUGUCUUUGGCAUUUGGGAUCCCGUUUAUGGAGAUAAGGCAGCCGCUUCAGUGGUCAAGAAACAAGGAACCCAACUAGAGGCCCAGGAUGUUGUGGAGUAUGUGAGGAAACGUAUACCUGCCAAAUUUAAGCAGUUGAAUGGAGGAGCUUUGAUUGUGGAUCACAUUAUUCAGAGUGGCAAUAGAAAAGCAAACAGAGCGGCCACAAAAGCUGAGUUUUUACGAAUUAUGGAGAAGAAUUAGUUUUGCAUAUUUAAUUAUUGUAAUGUUUAUGUUGUAUUUGUAUUUUUAUUGUAUUUGUAUUUGUAUUUGUUGUAUUUAUCGUAAGCUUUUUAAGAGGUUCGCCAUCUUAGGCAUUUUUUCAUAUUCGCCGAGUAAAAUAAUACCGAAACACAUAUCGAUUACAAAAUCGUUAAUAC